UAACCAGACUGACCUGUUUCAAACCAUAUCGAAUCUGACUGCAGGAACUCUGUACAGAGUUCAGGUGUUUCCUGUGAAAUGUGGCAGGGAUCUCAAUCCACAGAAUAUCUCCUUCUACACCCAGCCCUCUGAUGUGCAAAAUCUGACAAUAGUCAGUAUGACAAAAGUUAGCGCCAACCUCAUGUGGAGGAAACCAGAAGGGAAGCGUGACUUCUACUCAGUACAUGUCGAAUGCAAGUCAAAUGAAUCUAUUCUUCACCUAGACGAAAAGUGUCUAGGUGAAGUGUGCACUAUCAAUAAUCUUGUUCCAGGUUAUGAGUAUGAGUUCACAGUUAAAGCUGUUGUGAAUGCGACUUUUGGAGGAGUACCAAGCAGCGCUUCUGAUUACACCAAACCUUCGAUUGUCAAAAACCUAAAACCAACAGUUAAAAAAGAGAGCACAGUCAUAAUCGCAUCUUGGGAGCCGCCUGUUGGAGGACAUUCAGGAUACCACUACUGUCUUGAAGAAGUUGAUAACAGCCACGAGUGUAAAGACUGCAGCAGUAUGACAAGCAGCAGCUUUACAACAAAUGACAAAUUUACAAACGCCGACAUCACCACAAGCAGUAGCAGUACGACCAACCUCAUCAUGACCACAAGGAGCAGCAGUACGACAAACAACAAAAUUACAGUCUGUAAGAAUACAACAGACAACAACAUCUCAGAGAUUGUUAACUCAAGUGGCAGCAAGUUUUGUCUGUGUGUGCAAGCACUUACAAAGAAUGACACCAUAGCAGGAGAAAUGGCUGUAAUCUCUGCAUACACAUACCCCAAAACCCCUGUGAACCUUACUUUGAAUCCUGACUCCCAAAGAAUGGAAGCCAGCUGGACCUUAGAACAAGGGAAGUAUGAAAUUUUUGAAGUGAAUAUUAAUACAACUGCAUACAAGUAUACCAAGGAAUAUAAUACUACAGACUUUCAUUACACUUUCACUGAGCUGAAGGCAGGAGUGUAUUACACCGUUUCAGUUGUCACUCGUAAUGGUGGCCUGACAAGUGUAGCUGCUAUAAUGGAAGGUCACACCAAGCCUGCUAAACCUACGUCUUUAAAUGCCAUCGCUCACAAAACUUCCGUAGACUUAAGCUGGAAAGCUCCAGAUUUGUCAACGGGUGCCAAGAUUAAUUAUAUGGUGAAAUGUCACAAUUCUUUCUGGAAGGAAUUAAAUGAAACAAUUACAACAGAGACAAAGCUCACUUUUCAUAAAUUAAGUCCAGGAACAAACUAUACCUUUACUGUCCUUGUUGUGGUGGGAGAUUCGAAGAGUGAUGCAGAAACUGAUUAUGCAAUGACAGAGCCUCAGAAAAGGACACUGGUCCUCACAAUGUUGUGUUCCUCUGAAAAGCCUCUUUACUGUGACGAACCAGAAACUAGGGACGAACUUUUUACAAAGCUGACAAGUGACUUUACUGAAAAAUUUAAAGACAUGGUCUACUGGAAUCUUAGUUGGAAAACAAUAAGAAACAAUUGAUGUGGCCUAUACUACAACUAACAGGAAACAUACUUUAUCACAUACUUAAGUGUGAAUUUCUGCAAAAAUGGCAUUUAAAAAAAAAUAUAUAUAUAUAAUAAUUUUUAUAGGACUGUGAAUUUAGACUCGUUUUUGGACCUGAUUUGCCUUUGUUUAUUUUUCUUGUUACAAAUUGCAUAUUAACAUAUUUACUUUAAAUAGAGUGGAGCUUUACCUUCAAAACUGUAACUUAAAUACUUUCUUUAAAAAAGAUAUUUGCUAUAGUUUCAAGUGAAU